AGUGCGCGCUGUGCGAGGCAGCAGCUGAAUGAAGCAGACGGGAGGAAGUGGCGGUUAAUGCAGCUCCACACCUUUCCGGUGUAGCAGCACUGCGACCAGCUCGAGUUAAAGGAGAAAGACGAGAGCUGGGUGUAAUUAUCGAGACAGGAGGGGGAGAUAGGAGGGGGACAAGAAGUGGGACUUUCACGAGUGGAUACGUGUGUUGCUGAGUCACCGAGGAUUUUUUGUUGUUGUUGUUCCUCGAAGGCCGCUCGGCUCGCCGCUUGAUGGACUAACGCUAGCCCGCAAGAAAGCAGCAGAUUUUUCCUCCACCGGCAGCCGUGGAGAGGAACAAGGGCGCACCCGAUGAGGAGGACCGCCAGACACAAACACCACAAGGAUUUCGCAAGUGCCGCGGCUUAUUAGGGGGGCCUUUAUGCACACACACAUAGUGUCUGUUUCUCUGCAGCUUCUUUUUUAAAUCGCCACGGCCUGUCUUUUGUCACACAGCUUCAUGUUGAUUUGGGCAACAAAAUGAACGUCCUGCCUGCAACAGCUGCUGCUGCCAAGUUCUCAGUGUAACCGUGCCAUGUUGUGUGCAGGCCCCGCAAACAUUGUGAUACUCUGAACAUAAAUGUCCCAGCACUUCACAGGACGCGAAGACUCUCAUGUACAGUGUCUUAGGUUUUAACAUGAGUGUGCAUUUUUGACAUUGCUCUCCACUGAGUCAUGUUUUCACAAGUAAGCCCUUAAAAAAAAGUGAAGCUUAAGAGUCAAUACAGUAUCAGACGUUUUUGUUUUUGUUUUCUCUCAUUAGGAACAAAGUAUUUAUGCACAAGAGUUCAAAAUGGGGAAAAUGCUCUCGAAAAUCUUUGGCAACAAGGAGAUGAGAAUAUUAAUGCUCGGACUUGAUGCUGCUGGAAAGACAACAAUCCUUUACAAACUGAAACUCGGACAGUCUGUCACCACAAUCCCCACAGUCGGCUUCAAUGUGGAGACUGUCACCUACAAAAAUGUCAAGUUCAACGUCUGGGACGUUGGAGGCCAAGAUAAGAUUCGUCCUCUGUGGCGACACUACUACACAGGCACCCAAGGGUUAAUUUUCGUGGUGGAUUGCGCGGACAGGGAUCGCAUCGACGAGGCAAGGCAGGAACUUCACCGCAUCAUCAAUGACCGGGAGAUGAGGGAUGCCAUCAUCUUGAUAUUCGCCAAUAAGCAAGACCUUCCGGAUGCCAUGAAGCCGCAUGAAAUCCAAGAGAAGCUCGGAUUGACCCGCAUCAGAGAUAGGAAUUGGUAUGUUCAGCCCUCCUGUGCGACCACAGGUGAUGGACUGUAUGAGGGCUUGACAUGGCUAACCUCAAAUUACAAAUCUUAAUGAUUGAGUUCAUGACUGUUUUAGGUCGAAACUAUAAUAACGUUGCAAGUAACAAAUAACUUCUCAAAAUGAGUAUGGUUAAGAAAAAAAGUUGAUUAUCUCCCAUUUAUUUUUAAUACUACGUUUACCCCACGACUAAUUUAUGUUAAACUGGGUUUGCUGGCUUAAAGUUUGCUUGUACUCUGUAGCAGGCCAAUAUCACGUUCAUUAUUUUGGGGCUUGCUUGAUGAAUAUUGAAUUUAUUGGUCCUAAUGUUAAAGCCACACAGAUCACCAUCUGCCUAUUCUGUUUCCCUAUUUUCUAUUUUUUCUAAUGAUGCCGAAGUUUUUAUCUCCAUUGUUGGACUAAAGCUUGUUUCAAGGUUCUUCAGUCUCUGUUGCAUUUGGACCGUUCUUUUUUCUUUUCUUCUUCGAAGGUGAGAUCUUUAAUUUUAUGUAGCCUAUGUGAAGGACUUUGACACUUGUUUAAACACCUUACUGUGAUUUUAAAAAAAGAAAAAAAAAAAGGAAAGUAUUUCUUCAUAAUGGUAUUGACUGAAAACGCAGUGGCUGACUCAAAACUCAGCUUUGUCUACAUUUCGUUGUCAUCAGAGGGGGAAAAAAUGACUUAAGACAUGUUUUGUUACCCUUCCCAGUCCCCUUAUGUGGGCUAUAUAGUUUACUGAUUGACCUUUUGUGUCGCGUCUUGAUACCUAAUUGUGCUGAAUAUUCAACAAAUAGGCCUCCAGUAACUCUUAAACAUGCUUGUUGGGAUGCGUCUUUAAUUUUUUUUGGGUAACACGUUAGUCAAUCGACUCAAAUCUUUCCAAAGGAAUGUUGUUCAGCUCCGAGUUCUCAAUCUGAUACCACAGUUGAUUAGUUUCAGUUUUGGGACAUUAUAUGAUAGCCUAUAUCUGUAGCAUGAGUACGCAAGUACAGUUACCCUACAUCAGAGUCCAUCUGUCAGUCAGAGGGAGCUGUUUACCGGUGAAAUGUUGAAGACACCCUAUGGUGCAGCUCUUACUCCUAUUUUGACUGGGGGGAACCAUGUACAGAACAAUGUCAUUGUAAUGUCUUAUUAAAAAAGUGAUUUUAAAUCUG